GACAGCUGCACAGUAUGUGAAGCUAUUGCCUCUCUCUCUCUCUCUCUCUCUCUCUCCAAAACAGUAAGCAGGUGAAGGGCAGUGUGAGAAAGAGAGGGAGGAGAAUGACAGGAAGACACAGCAGGUGAGGAAACAAUGAGAUGUAUUGAGCAGAACUGAAUACAGACUGGCAGAAGACACAGAAACUGAGUUUGAAAGCAUUUAAUGACAUUUUGGAUUCUACUAACUGUGAGAUGCUUGUGACAAUGUUAUCUGUAGCCAUGGUGAUGCUGACAGGUCACCAUAUAUACGGCCUCCCUAUGGACGGAAAAGUGAGAAAUCCCGGAGCCGUCUUAGAAAACUGCUCUUUGUGUCCAGCAGGAUAUUAUUACCUGUCAGAAUGUAAGUGUGUUCCUUGCGACCCUGGUUUCUUCACCAGUCAGGAGAACAGAGAAAGAUCUUGUCACCGCUGCUUCCAGAACUGCAAUGCUGAAUUCGAUAUGGAGGUGGAAAAGGAGUGUACGCGUACAUCAGAUGUAGUGUGUCGCUGUCGGAAGGGAUAUGAAUGUACCAAGAUGGACCCAUUCUCAAGACAAUGUCAGAACUGCGAUCCUGUCACCAACACAAGCUCGUCCAUCACCCCUUCAUCCACCCCUUCAUCCACCACUUCAUCCACCACUUCAUCCACCACUUCAUCCAUAAGUGCACAGAGCUUGCUGGGUGAAAAUAAUUGGUGGAUUUUAUUUGGGUUAAUUUCUGUCAUGACAUCUGUCAUCGUCCUUUUACUCUUCUUUCGGCUGUGCAGAAAGAAAGAGAAAGAAUGUUUUAAGCAUUUUGUCAGGCAGUGCUCUUUGGGUAAUAUAGAGGUGGACAGCGAGACCCCACCUCCUUCCAGCCAACCAGAUGAGCAGCCCCACCCACAGGGGAUGCUGUCACAUGGCAGUACACCCACCAAUCACAGCACAGACUGCUCUUUUCAUAAGCCAGUCAGCUCAGAGCAGGCUGUGCCUCCAGCUGGAAAUUUAGGCCCUCUCCACAUCUACGGUCCCCAGACGGUUUUUGUUAGUUUGCUCAAUCAGUUCGGAUGGGAUGGAGGAGAGAAAAAAGCACACGAACUCCAAGAAGAAUCGCUUAAUAACAGCACCGCGUCCUACCCUCAGUCUCCACCCGUCCAUCUGUCUGAGGAGGAACGGAGCAGAGAAAACGACUUUAUCUUCUUCCCGUCUCAGGAGCAAGGGAAAGAGUGCCACAUAUCUAAAGAAGAGGUGCUUUGAGGGAUAAUGGGAAAUUUGUAUCCAUUCUUCGUCUGCACUGUUCAACUGCUGUGUGGUUUGUUUUAACUGAUGCUUCAUGAGUACCUAGUAUUAAAACUCUAACCCUGGCAGGGGAUUUCAUUGAGAGAAGCUGCAUUAGGGGAAGACCUGGCUGUGUGACUGAAAGUAUGGAUGACAAAGAUGUUGCGUACGAGCUUCACAGUUCAUGCCAGCUUUCAAAUGUCACCCAUACAGUACGUUUAUGCAAAACCACUGACUCUAAACCAUCAGAACAGCAGUGGGAUCCUAAUGCUGAUUUUGUGACGAGUCGUUACCACAAGCUUUCAGUUCACUGCAGGUCUUAUGAUAGCUGGAUGACCCUCAGGAGCAAAGCGGAAUCUCAGUGCCUCUUUUCAAAGUGUUUGAAGGCCAAAAGAAGCUCUAAAACACUCAGAAGAUUCACAUAUUUGAGAUAUUUAUUUUAAUAAAGUUUGUUGAAUUUAUUGUUACUGCAGUGUGCCCCAUAAUUUCCUUUAGAUCUAUCUAUCUAUCUAUCUAUCUAUCUAUCUAAUUUACUGACUUAUGGGGCAUUCUGAGUCUUGACUUAGACCGUUAUUAAAUAGUAAACAUGUUUAUUUAUUUAUAACCGUUAUUAAUUCUGUUACUGUUAAUAUCUUAAAAAAAGUGCUUUUGCUCUCACGCGGUUUAUCAUUGUUCAAUCAUGUUAAGUCCCUGGUUGAUGUUGUCAGUGUUCUUCCUCAUUUCUUUGGUUUUUAUGUGGCAGGCAUGAUGGAUUGUGAUGUGAAAAAAGCCCUGACAUUUUGAUGGUGGUCUGGAAAUGUCAACAUUGUUUCUUCGCUCAGAGCGUGUGUCAUCAUGUAUUAUGUUGUAUAUUUACUGUAAUACACGUUUUAUAUACCUGAUAUGGAUUGUUAAGUGCAAUAGAAAUCAAUAAAAGUUUAUUUUUUGG